CCGUAUCCCAGUCGCGACCUAACUGUACCGCGCGUCACAUGUGCUCCGCGCUCCGUUGAACUUCUGAUCGCCUGGUAGUUUCUGUGAACUUGUGUGUGUUAGUUCCAUGUGGUUUGAGCUGUUUUCUGUACUGUUGACCAAGAUGAGUCCACAUUAGUGCCAUGGAUAGUGUAUAGUGUGACAAUGUGGGUGUUACUGGACAGUGUGCUGAGAACUAUAAAGUCUAGAGCAUGGUGCGUGGUGAUAGUCUGUGCGGUGAUCAUCGUCAUGGAGGCAGCGGCGCUGAAUGGGGAUAAUGUCUGCAUGGUGAAACAGAAGUACAAUAUCACGAAGAGAGUGAAGUAUCGAGCUCCAAUGUCGGUGCGCACUUACGAGUGGUGCUUCUCCAUGCCCCCAAGGUGCUCCAAGUGGAACACGGAGAUGAGAGACUUAACCAGGCUUGAGACAGAAGAAAGGACGGCAGAGGUAGCAGUAUGCUGUCCAGGGUACAAGAUGAGGGAUGUCUCUUGUGUCCCUAUUUGCCCUAAUGGGAAAACUGGACCUGGAUGCUCGGAAGAUUGUCCAGACAACAAAUGGGGACCGAACUGCAUCCACGUAUGCAAACGAUGUAGGAACGGCUUCUGUUCACCCAUCACGGGUGAAUGCGAGUGCUUAGAUGGAUGGCAAGGUGAGAGUUGUGAUGCGCGCAUGCCCCAAACGACAGCAACAACAUUAUUAGAAGAGCUAUUAACAACUACUACUAAACCUACAACUCCUGCUAGACAUAAAGUAACACCUUCUAGAACAACUAAAAUGAUCCCAACUACUGUGGCUUCUCCUAGCACUACAGUAGCUACUCCUAGCACUACAGUAACUUCACCUAGAACUACAGUAACAACACGUAAAACCGUUGCCACAACGCCUAAAAUAGUCACAACUUCUACUAUUGCAACCACUACACUUAAAACCACAGUUUCUCCUACGACUACGACAUCUCCAGUAACUGAACCAACAUCUAUAGCAGUUACAAGUCCGUCGACAAAUACUACAUUUACUACGACGACAAUUUUAAGCACUUCGUCAAGUACCACAAGGCCUACUUCAGAUGAGGAAGAGAAAACUCAAGAAAAAAUACCUUAUCCUGUAACGGAAUACGAUAAUACGACGUUUGUUACUACAAGUACUACAAAAACCUCGGAGUCUACUGUUGAAGCAGUAACGCAAAGAAUCAGCAUCAAACCAUCAUAUAAUACGACUGAAGCCAUGCAAACGACUACUGAUUUAGUAGUCGUUACAAAGGCUGUACCGACUGCUGCCGUACAGCAGAAACCUGCUGAAGUUCCGACUACAACUGAGAUUCCAACAACAUUACCAAUUCCCACAGAAACAAUUAUGAAAAUAGAGACGACGAAAAAGGAAACUGCUGUAAGAAUACAACCAACAACGGUCAAAUUCAAACCAAAGGAAAUCUGGAUAAAACCGGCUCAAAAAGGUGAAUCCCCUAUAGUAGAAACAAAGAUUAAAACUACUCAUGAAUUUCCAAGGUACAGAAGUGCUAAUAACAAAGAACUGACGCCAGCCAUUACUACUCCAAAGACGAUAAUCGUGUCUAUAAUACCGACAUCAGUGUCUUACACGACAUUCAAAAAGAUUGCUUUAACUUCGUCAUUAACGUCGACUAAGAGCAGUACAGCUACUCAGUCGUUUAACAAAACAGAAAAUGAAUUCACUAAGCCAAUGUUGACGGAAACUUCAACACCACCUGUUAAAUUGAGUCCAAUAUCAAGAAAAGACUUAUUGGCUACCUCAUACUUUAUAAAUAAAACCCUGGUACCAAGCACUUCUGUUACCCCAAAAACCACUUCUUCAACUAAAUUGACUACUUUAGUAACAAAGCCUUUAGAAGUUACUAAGACUAUACCUCGCAUUAAUAGAACUAACAGCAUGACGACUGAUAUUAACAAGAAUGUUUCUACUCAUGUAACAACUACUUCUCUCAAUGCAAGAACUGCACUGAAAAGCAAUGAAUCACUUACAACCUCUACUAGUUCCACUAGAUCUUCUAUAACUACAACUGCAACCCAAACUACAACGGAACAAACAACAAAGCACAUAAUAAAAUAUGUAACAUCUAAAAAAGUGUACGUUGCACCUGUGACUAAAAAGUACAAACCGACUAAUCCACCAAUAGCUGAAAAAGAAUCCAAAAAGGCUAACGUUACUAAAAGCAUUAAAAAAGUUACAACUGAGGGACCGUCAGAUGAUGAAGAAUUUCAUAUUUUGACAGAACCAGAACAUAUAACUGCUGUAAUGGGUGAUAAAGGAACUGAGAGAUCAACAAUAGACUUGAUAUCAGUGAUAAGUAUAGCAGGAGGUGUGAUGAUGGCAGUUAUCACGGUAGCAGUAGUGAUAGUCAUGAUUGAGCGAUGCAGGAAGCCGCGGUAUGAAGAUGUGAGGAAGAUCAAUGAUAUAAGAAUGCGAGUCAUGAUCGAUAAUAAUGAUGUACCACCGCCAUAUGUAAGAAGCAUCUUUCAUACACCGUUACCUGACCCACCAACUUUGGAAAAGUGUCAUUAUCAGCCAAUCUCGACUUUGGAUCGGAAUCUAAAACAAUUUAUGAGGCCCGUGGUAGUACAGACGAUUUCUCCAAUAAUGCUGGAAAAUUUCAGAGGUAUUCUAGAAUGCCAUUAUGACCAUCUUCCUAGAAGGAGCCAUGAUUACAGCACAAUGGAAACUCUUUCAACAACGCCAUCUAUGAGCGAGGGCAGCGAACUACGGCACCUUCGAGCUAGCGUAACAGACUCGACAAUAGAAGCGAUGAAAUGCGAAGCCAAAUUGGACGUCAUUGAUAACACGACUUCAGAACCGUUAUAUGCUGAGAUCCCUUGUUGGAGACCACCAUCUGAACACGCUAUUGAAAUCAUGAACUUGAAUGGGGAAGCCGUCACUGAAUUAUGACCGCUAUAUUCAAGUCAUUCGUGUUCCUUAGCAAGUAGUUCUAAAUUAUUUCAAUAGAUGGCGUUGUGUAAAACUUUUAAAUAUGUUAAACUUACCAAAGAUUUUGUGUGAAUUAUUAAAAUGAGGAGAAAAUAUUAAUGAAUGUAUUAGGAUCGUCAUUAAAUAAAGUUAAAAUUAGAA